AGAAUGUUUUUUUUUUAAAACAUAAUGACUUACCACUAAUAAUAAGUAAUUUUACAGGAGCGUGUGUCGAGUGUAGGCUAUAACUGCUUGACAUUUGUGUUAGUCAUGCCCUGAGUUAUUCUGUGUUCUCUAUGAUGUAUGUGUGAACCACCUCAGUUAUCAGGAAACCGCUGUCACAGCACACGGAGGUAUUUUCCGCAGUCUAUGAAGCAAAGGGUCAGCUGAGCGCUAAAUGAGGUGGCUGUGAAUCCCCUUGCAUUUCAGGCGAGAGUAAAAGUGCUCAGAGUUCAGCCGACUCAGAACCAAUGAGACUUUCCCGUCAACUUGUCAGCAGUGCGUCUGUCAUAAGCCGACGUUCAGCUGUGGUGUCAGCAGUCAGAGCAGAAACGAAGAAAUAAACACAAGGCAUUUGAAGAUGAUGCGAUUGCUGUUCCUGUGUCUGCUGCUGCUGCUGCCAGCCGCUACUGUUCUUUCAGAAGAAAUAUAUGGAUCAGGAGAUGAAGGUCUGGAUGAUGAGGAUUUAUACAACAGAAUAGAUAACUCAGUCAACCAUGCAGCUGGCUCAAAUGUAGACAAAACUACAGGUGCAGAGGGAGCGUCAGAGGAGAAUAAGUUCACGCUGAUCGUCAUCAUUGCAGCUGUGGCUGUGUUGACUCUUUCAGUUGCAGCUAUAGUCACUAUAAUGUUAGUAAGGCGCCGCAUGCAGUACCGGCAACAAGGUAUCUACUCAGUGCCUACAGAGCAGGACCAGAAAGGAGCUGUUCCGUUCCUGGUGGAGUAGCAGUCCUGUGACUCACGGACAAGAAAGGAACAACACAUCGGGCUGUGUCACCUCCUACUCCUUGACUCAGGACAGUUGACUUUUAUGCACAACAGCCUGCUGCUUGUUAUUCCAGUCCACUCUCUCCUCCUACACCAACUCCUAUGAGUACAUAUGCAGUAUGUGUUUUAGUCUUAUAUACUUUAUCACUGUCCCUUCAGUUACUGCUCCAUACACGCACAGUUUGGCCCGGGACAUUUGGAAUGCAUUCAAAUCUUCUAAUUGGAUUCUAUUUGAGGAAUUCAAAUCAAAGCCAGUGAAUAUGGCUUAAAGCUUCUUUUGUUAAAAGGGAUAAUUUAGCACAGCCACAGCUCCCCCCCCUUUUUUACCACCUGAAUCAAGAAAUUAUUCCCACCAGCUAUGCAGUGAAUUUGUGUUUGAUUUGGCACGAGUGGAACAGACCUGUGUGUGUGAAACUAUCGAUGAGUGAGACAAAUCAUGCUAAUCCACACACUAAGCCAGCCCAGUACUCACUUCAUUCUCCUAUUCACUCGUCUGACAUCUUCUGUUCUUGGCCCAUUAGGACUGACAGGAGGCAGUGUUAUAGGAAGAUAAAAAACCUGUUCCCCCUCCGCUGAACCUCAGUGAAAAAAGAAACGUGUUGAAAUAACCAGUUUGAACAUAUUCCCGCAAAGCAGCAAAUUAAUCGACCGCCAUGAGUGAUGGUGUUUUCUUUUCCCCUUCUCUUUUUUGUUUUGAAAGGCUUUCACUUAAGUCUCACAGAUUGUAAAUAGCUUUCUGAAUGCUGUAGAGAGUUAGAUUAAUGCUUCAGACACUCUUGGAGAGAAGCUGGGUAAAAUCUCACGAAUCAAAUAAAGUGUUGGGGAUGAUUGGGAUAAUACCAACAUGCCUUUGUUUCAUUCAUACAGAGCAUGAUGGCUUCUCUGUUUUCAUUUUAAUGGCAAUGAAUCAUGCCGUAUGAAAGAAAGCUCUCUAUCCAAAAAACAAAGGCACUGGUUGCUUUAUUGGUUCCAAAACAGAGAGAGGAGCUCUCUGUAGGAAUGGUUAACGGGGAGGACAAGCCCCUGUUGGACAUGACAGUAUUUUAUUUGUAGCCUCUUGAGCAGCACUUAUAAUGGAGUAAGCCUCACUGGGAAUGGUAACAUGGGGUUAAACACUGGAUUUGUCAUAGCACAAUCUCACUUUGCUCUUCCGCUAAAUCUUGCAGCUAAUCUCGUCACUGGGGGCAGGUCUUGGCUCCACUCCAGCCAGACUUGAGAGAAAAAACAGUUGUGCAGUCACGUCUUCAUCAGGGUGCAUAGUGGCUGUAUGUCUGUGCUGAAGUCUUAAAAACAAAGAUGCAUUCCUGUUUAUAUUACACAAAGUAGCAGAUAUGAUUAUUGUUUAUGUUUUUUACCGUUCUACUUGCCGUGUGUACAUUUCGUGUCAUGUCUCUGUAGUGUACUCCUUCAGUAUGUGUCAGCAUUUCAAAGUCAGGACAAUUAGACAAAAACCGCAGCACAAACAUUUCAGUUUUUUAAAAAAAGUCUUUUUAGUCUAGUCUUUCUACUUUUUGUAUUUUCUAUUUCCCUAGGAAAAACAAACCACGUGCAUUUACAUUUGAAUUCAGCAGAGUAUUCAGUUUGAAUAUUUUCCCCAAUUGACAGCAAAUAAAAGAAAGCAAAUAUACACAGAAAAUUCAAAAUUGUAUUUGUUGCCCGAAGCAUGUUACCAAACAUUAUUUCCCCUCUGCAAAACCUGUCUGCUGUGACACUACUUAUGUAAAUGCAGCAAAUAUAGAUGUUGAGCUUUGUUUUUAUUCUCAUGAGAUGUAUUUAGAAAAGGUAAUUUUAUUUCCUCUUUGAAACUGAUUCUUUUUCUGUCCAGGCUUACGUAACGUAGCCCUAAAAGCUCCACGCCCUGCAAGUUAAAAAACAAAGCAAAGAAAGCGUCUUCCUCGAACUGCAGUCCCAAAAAUAUCGGGUUAUACUUUCUGCUUUUUUUACUGCUAUUUCAUCUUUUUCUUUAAAGGUGCAGUGUGUAGAAUUUAGAAGAACAGACUUGGUUGAAAUGGAAUAUAUUAUUCAUAAAUAUGUUUAAAUUAGUGUAAAAUCACCUGAAUAUAAAACUCAUAUUGUUUGUUUAUUAACAAGAAUGAUCUUUUUAAAUCUACACAAGGAGCGGGUCUCCUCCUCUUCCAGGUGGCCAUCUUGCACCGCCAUGAUUCUGCAGUAACACAGAAGCGGCCAACUAGUAUGAACCAUGUGCAUUUUUGUAUUUAGUUAGUGGCUGCUGAAAAUGCCCCAGCUAGAAGGCGAAUAAAUAAUUCAUAUUGGUAGAAGUUUAUGAUCGUAAAAACAAGACAAAUCACUAGAGCUUCUUGUCCUCUAAGGCAACCAUUGCUUCUGGAGUUUUCACCAAAGGAUGUGACGAGCAGGGGAGCAUUUUAAUCAAGAAUCUGACCAAUAGAAUUCAACACACUGUACCUUUAAAUGGUGAAUAUUUUUCUUAAUGUCAUUGUGUUCCUUUCACUAGCAGCAUGUUGAGCUUUUAGAGAGACAGUACCAGAGGUAUCUUCUGACAAUAUGCAAUUAUUAUAGUUUCUGAAAUAUAUAACAUUGUAUGAGAAAUGUGCUAAACGAUGCAUUUGCAUUGUGUCUUGUUAUGAAAAGAAUAUUGCAUUUGGCUUAAUGGUCUUUUUAUAUAGCUGUUGAGUUAAUGGAGUGAAGUUUCCUCCUCACUGCUCUGUUUAAAAACAGGUGGCAGGUGGAGCCAGUUAAUUGCCAAAGAUGCUUUUCUGUAAAUAUUUGUAUUUAGUCUCUUAAAGCAGCAAAAUAAAUGUUUAUGUGAGGUUCUUACAUUUAUGAGCAGUUUUGUUUCCAGACUAAUCCAUAAUCUGUUACUUUUGCCAAGGACACUCAGUGUUUUUUAAUCAUGUAUGAUAAAUAACAAAGUAUACAACACAUGACCUUAUAUCUCACAGAAAAACAACAGCAGUCGGGGAUUGUAGAUCAUGAAUUUAUUGUCUGCACAGUUACUGUCUUCUAAAUUCUGCUCUGACAUCAAUAAGAACAAUCAAUACUGCUCUGUAUUAUUAUGCUGAACCCUGAAUUGUGUAAAUUUGUCAUUAAAUCUGUUAUAAAACCUU